ACUGGAAAUGAACAGCUCCAUUUAGUGCAGAGGUCAUGGACCAAAUACAUUGCUGUUAACAAACACUGGAAUAAAACAAUGUUCUUCAUCAAAUUCAUGAGAUUUUUGCAAGUACACUGACAGUGAAAGUUUAACAUUUACAUUUUAGUCAAAACAUGCAAAGGAACAGUAAAUCUAGUCGUUCUGAGAAAUACAUUCUUAAUGUGCUUUUCUGAUUGACUGAUAUGUCUGGGUGUAAACAUUUUAGGAAGUUGUUAUUGUGCUCCACCACACCCCCAACACACUUUCAUUUCAUGUUUAAGUUUUCUGUAGGUGAGGACUGGGAGGCUGUUCCUGUUACAACGCAUGAGGACUGUGAUGAUUCUCAUCAUCAAAAGUGUCUGAGUGUUGGCCCAGUUAUAAUCUGGUUCUUGUCCAGCCUGCCUUCCAGCCAGUUGAAAACAGUUUUCUUGGAUAUACUUCGUUGUUGUGUGGGGGAGUCCUUAUCCAUAGAAAUACCUGAUGAUGACCAGUGUCCUGUGUCAAACUUCAGUGUAUGUACAGAGAAAAUUGGCCAAGUGUUCGAGUAUAGCAAGAAGCUGUCAGAGUUGACUGUGGAUCCACGUUAUCAGGACAGGAUCCAGUUGAAGAAUGACGCCUACGGCCUUGCUGUUGUAAUUUGGAAUGUAACCAAAGAAGAUGAAAAGCAACAGUAUUAUGUGGACUGUGCUUCUACAAUUCUAAAGAGAUUUGUAAUUCAAAUUCCAAGAAGUAUUGAGAGUUCAACCACCACAGCAUUCCCCCAACCAUCUACAACCACACCAGGAGGUCUACCUGUGGAACAUCUUGCUUGGCUGGUACUGGUACCAGUAUGCCUAAGCGGCAUAGUACUACACAUCAGGAAUCGUUGAAGGAAGAACCUCUCUCUGCCGAGCUGUAGAUCCCAUCGUCCACCUAUGUUCUAAAUCAAAACACGUCAACGGACAAAAGAAAACAGCAGUACAAUGAAAUGAUGUCUUUGUUACUAAGGUUGGCUAGACACUAUGAUUUUGCCCUGUGCGGGCUUGCCAUGAGCAUUAAUAAUCAAUCAAACUCAGGGGCAUGUUUUUUGCUUUGCUCCGGUGGAAUCUUUUUGAAAGUGCUUUCUAAAUGCAAUGUCCCAUUCACUUCUAUUGAGCAUUAGCUAGUGGUGGCUUAAGUUAUGUGACGUUUUGAAGUGGCUGUUUAAAGGGAACUGAACCAUGCAUUACUGUUUCUCCUGGCCCAAAGACUACUGGCAGAGUGAGGAGCCUAACAAUAAGCUGUGUAAAAUCCUAAACGAUCCCUUUAAACCCUCAGCCUUACUGUACUUGUGAUUUUCUUCAUCCUUUCUAACGGUUGAUCAUUGUCAGCAUUACAUUGUGUUCCCUAUUCGGGGAGACGUUUAUACAGAUGUGCACAAUUUACUGUACUGUCAUUAUACUGUAUCACAUGUCUGAUACCAGAACCAUUAUGUUCUAUUGUAUGAUUACACCACUCAUGAUAAUGGGAUUGACAAGACUCGUUCAAAUACGUAUUUAUGAUCAAAGAUUUUCUUUAAGGUCAACAUAGUUGGAUUUAUUUAUAUAUUUUUACUGAAGGUAAUUUGAAAGUUAACAAAUUGUGCACACUGCUGUUUUUAAAUGCACUUUUGUAACAACCUGAUGUAUGUACAGUUAUCUAAUUAAUAUUUUUGCUAAUGUAGAUGUGAAGUGGCCCCUCGCGAUAUUGAGACUGGUCGACACACAAACAUUCCCUUCAGAUAAACCCGACUGUUCUUUUUAUAAUGAUGGUUCCCUUGAAAAAUUAGGGAUCUUUUUUUGCCAACUGUCCAGCCAUAAUGAAAUGCUACGUUUGAUCAGGUAACAAUGUGAAUGUCUUUUCAAAGCUUGCUGUCUCAUCCUCUAUCACAGACUUCUUAGAAGUUCCUGAAUGUCCUCUUAUUUACUGUACUUUGUUUAUGUAUAGAUAGCAAUAAUGUUUAGAUGAUUUAAUCUAUUUUAGAGGAUUCCAAGGAAAAUUCUGUGCAAUGUUUGACUGACUGCUUUUAGUUUCUCAACUGUGAUCCACAAUGUGUUUAAAAAAUAUAUAUAUUUUGUAUUGUCAACCAGUUGUGGAGUGACACAAAUGUUUUUAACCUUUUGAAUAAAAUCUUGCUCUUUUCUGA